UUUUGAAGAAAUGAUUGCACUGCUAGGUUGACGUCCCUUAUGUUACCUAAUUCGGACUCCCAGUUGGUAUUAGCUGCAGCAGCUAUAAAAUAAGCUGAAUUACCAGCUUAUGAUUAUUCAGCUGUUAUUCCACGGUCAUUCAGGAAAGAAUUGAGCAAGAAGCCUAGACACCAUGCAGACUCUGACCUGGUUAACGUUGAUGUUGGUGACCGUGUUUCAGCCAGCUUCAUCAACUCUUGUCAGUGUUACCUUUGAUGGUAUACUGUAUAGAGCCCAUGAUGGACUUGUUAAGAACUGGGUUGCUAGAGGCAAUUUCACUGACAACAUUCUUGUUGAUGGAUGGAGUUACCUUGAGCUAGAAACUAAUCCUGGAUUCCCUGAUGCUGUUCAAGCAUAUGCUGCAGGCUUUGCCGAAGGAGUAGCUACUCAUGAUUUGAUCUACAAAUCAUACAGGAAUACUUUGGAAGGGAUUUGUGAAUGGAAAUCAGAGGAGUUUUGUGAAAGGUUGCGCACAUACCUCACUGAGAAUACACAAUGGAUGAAGUCUAUGAUAGCUCUGAAGAACAAGAGCUGUCCAGUUUGGCAUAAUGUUGAAUUGAUCUUGGCACAGUUGAGUGGUCUCUCAGAAGGAUACAAUAAGACAGCUAAGAACCCCAUGGAACCUGACUCCAUUUUAUGGUUAAAUUUAAUGGGUGAUCUAGAGGAUCUUGAAGAAGCCCUUAAUUCCAGCAUUCAUAAUAUGAGCAUAGAAGAAUGGGUCAAGAGUGGUCUCGCUACUGGUGAUGGCCACUGUUCGGCACUCAUUAAGCUCCUUCCAGGCAACACUGAUCUCUAUGUUUCACAUGUUACAUGGAACACGUAUCAGUCCAUGUUGAGAGUUCUGAAAAAAUACAUUUUCCCAUUCCGCCGAACUGGAUCAUCAGGACCACAAGAUGUAAAUCCUGGCCACACGGUUACAUUUCCAUCAUAUCCUGGUUUGCUGUUUUCAGGAGAUGACUUUUAUAUACUCUCAUCUGGCCUUGUCACCUUAGAGACUACUAUUGGCAACAAUAACCCAGCACUAUGGAAGAAUAUUACAGCAACUGGAGAGCUGUUGGAGUGGAUUCGUACAAUUGUGGCCAACCGUGUAGGUGAGAAUGGAAGGAGCUGGACAGAUGUGUUCUCCAUGCAUAAUAGUGGCACUUACAACAACCAGUGGAUGGUAGUCGACUAUAACCUCUUCAAACCUGGAAAGCAUAUCACACGUAAUACGCUGUGGGUACUAGAGCAACUCCCUGGUCUCAUUGUUAGAGACGACCAAUCUCACAUCCUGCGGAAGCAAUCAUACUGGCCCAGCUACAAUGUUCCUUUCUACCCAACCAUUUUCAAUCUUAGUGGUGGCCCAGCUAUGGUAGAACAGUAUGGAGACUGGUUUACAUACGAUGAAACCCCAAGAGCUCUAAUCUUCAAACGAGAUCAUACUUCUGUUAAAAAUAUUCGUACAAUGAUAAGUCUAAUGCGGUAUAAUAAUUAUAAGCAUGAUCCUCUAGCACAUUGCAAUUGCACACCACCAUACAGUGCAGAAAAUGCAAUUUCUGCAAGGAAUGAUCUGAAUCCCAAGAAUGGGACUUACCCAUUUGGUGCGCUUGGCCAUCGAUCUCAUGGAGGUACAGAUAUGAAAAUGACAACUGCAAAAUUGGCUCUAGAUCUCCAAUUUCUUGCAGUUAAUGGACCUACAUAUGACCAGCAACCAAUUUUUCGUUGGAGCAACCAGGACUUUGCAAAUAAUACUCCACACUAUGGCCAUCCAGAUGCUUGGAAGUUUCCAGUGAUUUGUCACAAGUGGCUAUGGUAAGAUUAAUUCAUGCAUUAAAAACCUUUUUAAAUUUAAAAAGGUUAAGUGUACUUUUAAUUUAAUUUUGCAAGAAAAUGUCCGAUCAGUUAUAUAGUACUGUAUUAGUACAGUACUAGGAUAGGCAUGUGGAAAAUACUAUUAUUCAUUUGACAGACAUUGUAAACAUUGACAUUAUAUACAAUGCUAUUUAACUUGUUAUAUAACACUGCUUCCUGUUAAUAAAUUUUCUAUACAUUCUAAAAAAACAUAAAACUGUAUUAUGUUACUUAUUUGUACCAAUAUUAAUUUAACGAAGUUGCAUAGGAUAUUGCUUCACAACCAUUUGUUUAAACCAUGUAUUUUGUAAUAAACUUUUUUAUAGCCA